AUGACCCCGGCUGCCUCUCCAACACCGAGCUCGAUCCCUAGCGAUGACGAUACCGAGAAAUCUUUCUCCGGAAGUGAGCUGCCGGUGAAUCAAGCUGGACGAUGCGGAUCUCCGGUUUCGGAAGCCUCUGGCAAGAGUUAUGACUUGGAUUGGAUCGAGGAUAGCAAGCUCGAAGCGAGUACGGGAGGCGGGAGGCUAAGAUUCUACUUGUUAAAGUUCACGGGCUAUGAGGAAAUGGAAUGGCACGCCGAAGACAACGUCGGCGCGUCCGAACUGAUCAGUUGCUACUGGGGUCACAUUCAACAUGGCAGAGAGGCCUGCAUCCGGGCCCAGCAACGUCUGCUCCAGGAGGAGGCCGCACGGAGCGACUCGGAGGACUCGGAAGUUGAGCGAGCCGGCCCGCCUAAGGCUACACGGAGCCCCAAGUUGAAACCGAGGCCCGGGGCGGAUGCCGACCCAGACUUGGCGAAUUCGAGCUCCGAGGACGAGGUGGACGAUGACGAUGGGCGGGGCAUUUUGACGUUUCAAUUACGCGAACCAAAACUCGACAAUUCCAAAACGUCUGGAAAUCAACACGCUUUGGCGUCCUCUUCCCGGUUCCGCUACACUCCUAGAAAUCCGCAGAUCAGACAACUUCUGAAGCUGGCUCCCCUACAAAGCCACCCGCCUCAACAUCACCAUCCUCGUGAUCCGACGGAGGAAAAACGGGUUGCUGAUCGACGUCGAAAAGAGUUUGGUAGGCUUUGGAACGCCUCAAUGGCCAAAGGAAUCGAUCCCACUCAGGCUGCGUACUCGUAUUCCCCAGCCACAAACCCGGAGCGCGCUAACAGGGUGACAAAGCACUUGGAGGAGCUUGAAGCUGUAAAGCGUUCACGGUCAAGGCAGCCACGUCUGAAAGUCCUCUUCAGGCAACAGGGCAGCGCCUCUAUCAUCGCUGGACGAGAUACUGCGAGGCCGGAUGAGCCAGAAACUAUGCAUGGUAGCAAAACUAGCGGCCCUAAUUCUGGCACUCCGCUGCUCUCCCCCACCACGCGCCCCGCUCCUCUCCCGCACGUCGCCCCUACUCGAGAUAGGUUGUCAGACUCGGCGACUGGUCCGCAAGACCUCCGUAGCCAGCCUAGUUUCGGGGCCACGCCACCGGCGUCGCGUUCUUCAGGCCCAACCGUCCCAGCUCCCAUGGCUCCAAACCCGAACGAUCCACCUCAUAACGCCAGAACAAAGACGCCCCUUCAGCCCCCCAAAGACCCGCUGAAUCGCAUCCAAAGCCAUCAGCCUAACAUCCCAGAGAGACUUACCGACGCUGAAAAGGAAGAGCGAUCUAACCAGUCUCAUCCUCAUCUUAAACGCAAGUACAGCGAAUACCUCCAUCGUUCUCACAUUAAUUUAUCCGCUACGAGCACAACCUCAAACCCAAUAAUGAGGCCAUUCGGUUCGACCAAGAAGACCUGUCUGCGACAAAUCCCGAAAACCGUCAGAUUCUGUUAA